AAUCACGCUAGCGGUUAUAUGCCUCAUGAGUGCCUGACAGUGCCAAGGAUUCAAUCAGUCUUCGGCCAUUCAUUGAGCAACCAUGUCGAAGGCAAACUUUUGGCGAGAAUUCAUCAGCCUCUAUGAAGCAAUGCCGGUGCUAUGGAAGGUCAACAGCAAAGCGUACAGGGACAAGCCCUCGGAGACCGAAUGCUAUGACAAAUUGUUGGAAAAGCUGAGAGAAAUCGAGCCUAAUGCAGAUCAGGAAACGGUCAAGAGGAAAAUCAGGAAUCUUCGCAUAAAUUAUCACCGCGAGUUGAGGAAAGUGAUCAGGAGUGAGAAGGCGGAAAACGGCGAGAUUUAUAGGCCAACACUGUGGUACUUUAAAUCUAUGUAUUUUUUGCGGGACGAAGAAAUAUACCAAACGGGUCUGUUAAUCCUACAAAGUGAAGAUAAAAAUGCUUUACGAGCUGUGGAGGCAUAUUAUCAAGUUGAUAACACCGGAGGAGCGCAACAGGUGGACUUGCAACCACCCAACAAGCGGCAGAAGAAGGAUGUACAAAACAAGGAAGAAGAAUCCUGCCCAACGACUUCUUGUCGUCUUCGUCAGAGUGAGGACUUCGCCGACAUCCUGGGAAGGUGUUGGGCUCAGGAUUUCAGGCAUUUGAAAGCCGAGCAGCAGAUUUAUGCGAGGAAGGCUGUUAACGACAUCCUCUUCGAAGGGCGCAUGGGAACUCUGCACCAACAUUCCGUGAAAAUUAAUGAAACUUGUGCCCGAUGUGCUGAUCACAAGGCAGACGGAGGCAAAUAAAGUUCUGGAGGCUUCUCAGGCAGCGCCACUUGUGGUUCUUCAGCACUCGAACUGAAGUGUCGCACAGAUCAGUUAAAGGAAAUUCAUGUAAUCAGGAAAUGACAUUGUUUCCAAUCCACAUUUUUUUUUCUUGAUAUCUUCCCAACACGCUGGUAAGAAACAGAUGAUGUACUAAUUUUUUCUUCUUUCUUUACGGUUAUUUAAUUUAUCAGUCAUACUCGAUUUUUGGCAGAAAUGUUUACUCCUCAAAUAUUCCAGUAGGUUAUGUUGAAGUUUUGGCAAGCGAUUCGUAAUGGUGUUUACACCAUUAUGUUACUGAUCUUCUGUUAUGGCGAUUCAAAACGCUUUCAUAAUGCAAAUCAGUUCACAAGGGGAUUCAACGGGUGCUCUCAAAUGCCCAUCAUUUAGGUCAUGUCCACCUCACACAUGGCCAUGCAUAUUCCAAGCCAAUGGCAAGUUAUGAUCUUGGGAAAUUUUCGAAUGGACUCGAUCCUGCAUGCGUUUGAUAACUUUUGAGAAUUGUUUUGAAGCUGUGAUUGCGUUUUGGAUUUUAUUUUUUAUGUAGUGAUUUAUUUCAACAUUUUCUGUACUGAACUUUACUGAAAUUUGGGACCAGGUAAUUUCUGAUCAAUAUGUUAAAGGCUCAUCCAAGGAGGUUGUAUUUUCAUGGACAAAUAUUAAUGAAGUUAAAUAUG